GAAGAAGGAUGCAAUCAUGGUGAGUGAUUCGUCUAAAAUUCUCGGGUUAGUCAUCAAGGCCAUUAAAAAUCUUCGCGAAUUAAAAGGAUCGACUUCGAAAGAAAUCUUGCAUUAUCUCUCGUCUGUCUACGAUAUAUUACCAAAUGUAGCGCGUCGUCAGAUGCAAACGGCUUUGAAACGCGGGGUGGCGUACGGCAUUUUGAAGAAGAAUGGCGGCCAUUACAUUUUACCGACGAACGGGGAUAUAAAGUGUCAAGAGAUCGCGGAGCAAGAGGUGAAUCUAUUGGACGCCUGCCGAAGAAGCAGGAUGCAGCGGAAGAUGGGGUGCAAAUGCAAGAAAAAAGGGCGCAGACGAGGGAAGAGGAAGAGGAGAUUCUGCAGAUGCAAGCCUAGAAGACGCGUGAGGCGUAGGCGGGCGGCUCGAGGCGGCUGCCGAACUCGUAGGAGGCGGAGGCGGUCUCGUAGCCGAAGAAGAAGGAAAAGGAAAUGCCCGUGCGGUGGUACGGGGCGCAGCGGCAAUUUGGAUCGGCUGAAAAGGGCCCCCACCUCCCAACCGUUCGAUAAAUUCUGCACGCGGAAAUCGGUGGAAGGUUACGAUUCCGCGGUCAGCGAAAAGAGUUCGUUGUCCAGUGCCUCUUCGAUGGAGUAGAAAUGCACAU